AUCGCUAUCGUGAAUAUCCGCUGGAUAUUUCUUUAUUUAUUUCCUUUGACUGUGUGAACCAUGUACAAUGUUGCGUGCACUCCUGCGUUCACCUAUUCGUCCUUCUCAGCUCGUAGCCAGACCAUUUCAACGGCCAUUCCAACCUCCCCGUCUCUCUCCGAAUCCCUCUCGACAGCUAUCGACACAUCAUUGUCGCACGCCCAGCAGAGCAUGCAAUGCAUAUCGUGUCUUUCUUCACGCUGAGACUCGGCGGCCCAAUGUCUUGGCUGCGGCGGUCAUAGGUGGCCAGAGGAGCUUUCAUGCGACACGGCCUGCCCAACAUGGACCGUUAUUGACGGUGUUAGCGGGUUUGCUAAAGACUUCAACCGCUUUGGAGUUUGCCAGGACAGCCACAAGAGUUGCUGUAACAUUCAUUCCUUUGAUUUUGCUCAAGAACCACAAAUCAAGACGAAAGCUACAGCAUGCUGAAACGACAGGACAGAUUCUGGGGGAGAAGGACGUCAUCGUCAAGCGCAUACGAAAUCGUACUAUGUUGUUCCAUGCACUCCUAUUCGCACCUAUACUUCUCUUCUGGGCUACUAUCUUCGCCAGUUUGGAGCGAACACCCCUGACCGGGAGAUGGCGAUUAAUCCUCCUAUCUCCUGAAGAGGAGGAUCAAAUUGCUGCUCAACUGGCUGGUCCAGGUUGGUAUUCAGCAGUCGGCGAUAUCCUCGCGAACGAUGGUCCGACGAAGGUGAUCUCGCCCGAAGACUGGCGCUACAAAUGGGUGCAAAACGCUCUUCGGCGGUUAGAGAAUGUUAUUCCGGUCCUUCAGCGCGAACAAGAACUCGAGCCGACGUGGCUUGAAUGUGGACCUGACGAUAUACCAAUUCCCCCGCCUGCUGAGUUCCCUUUACGACCACGACCGCGUGCUUCCGAGUACUUGCGGAGAUUUGCAGAGUUCAGUUGCGCUCGGACAGUACAUCCGGCACCACACGCUAUUGCUGGACCACCGUAUUCUCUUCUCGUAGUCGACAAACCUGAUUCAUCCAAUGCGUUUUCUUAUGGGUUUGGUCCGGACGGAGGUGGAGGUGUUGUUGUGUUCUCUGGCUUCUUGGAUGAAGUCUUAUCUAAACAUAAGCCAGAAAUGAGCACCGAGAACUAUCCUACUCCGCCCGUACAACCCAAAUCAUGGCUGUCUUCUUUGUUGGGAGGCAUCUUGUCAACACCUGCAAUGCCACCUUCACCACAACCCCUCGCUCCAACUGAAGAGCAAACUUCUGAGCUCGCCAUUCUCCUUGCUCAUGAAUUAUCUCAUCUCAUCCUCGCUCAUCACCUCGAAACACUCUCUUCUAGCUCUAUCAUCUAUCCAGGCGUCAUCUCUAUUGCGACGGACGUUGUCCGUGCAUUAAUAUUCCCGAUCACUAUGCUUUUUGGGCCGUUUAUCAAUGACGCCCUUGCUGGUAUGGGCAAGGCUGGUACCGGAGACCUUGCUCAGAUUGCAGAAUACUGUACAAGCCAAAAGCAAGAAGUUGAAGCAGAUAUCGUCUCUGCUCGAUUGCUGGCGCAUGCAGGCUUUGAUCCUCGACAUGCUAUAGAAUUCUGGGAAGGCAGACAGGAGACUGAGCAUACCGCUGAGUGUACUCCUAAUGCUGCUAAAUCUAAGGCGCACUACGAUGAGAAUCGACCUAUGCGAUGGAUGAGUUCGGCGCAUCCUAUGAAUGAGAUUCGCGUUGCGCGAUUAAGGGAGGAGUUGGAGAGGUGGGAGCAGGCGAGGCGGCAGGAGAGGGAGCGGAGACGAGCCAAGCAGUCACAAUCAUAGGGCAAAGUAUUCUGGAUGAUUCCUUUCUGGCAUGCUGUGUGUCACACGAACAUUUUUUUUUCCCAUCUACGGUGGUUUAGUCCUCUUUUCUUGCAUAUUAUUUAACACUCUCGUUCAUCAUCAGUAGGUACCUCUCCAUUCGGUUCGGCGGAUUGUAUAAUAAGUAGAUAUUUCCUGCUGUAAUGUUUACUAGAACAGCUCCACUACUCCACUACGUCCAAACUUCUACCGAAACUUCAGUGUGAGGUACAAAUCCAAUUUAUUCAACCUUGUUUCCUC